UUCUCUCUCUCUUUCCUCCCUUCCUCUUAUUAUUCUACACACUCCUCUCAUCAACCCCUUUUUUUCUGUCUCUCUCUCUCCUCUUCCUCCAUCUCCGAGGGCUCCGAUUUCGAGGCCUCGAAAUCCACCAUUCUUCUCCUUUUUCCGAUCUCUUUCUCCUUCUCCCAUACCCUAAGAUCUGUCAAUUUUUUCAUUUUCUCGUCAAUUCGUCUUUUCCGCCGACCUAGCUCUUCAAUACCUUUGCGACUGAAUCUUGAUUCGGAAACUUUUGGAUUUCUCUCAUGUGUCUGAAUUUUAUCGCCGAUUUGUGAUUAAUCGUUGAGCUUACAAGGAGAUUUGUUGUGGUUUCCGCGUUGUUUGUUGUUGAUUAGGGUUUGGCGAUUUCAUCGGGUUUUUUUUUGCAUGUUGUUACGUGAUUUUAUUGCGAGAUUUGAUUCGGUGUUAUUCGUAGUUUUGUGAAUGGAGAUGGAUUUUAAUGGAGAUUUGGUAUCUCUUGACGCUGAACUCUUGCAGUUGCCUGAGGUUUCGCCUUUGGCUCUCAAAUCUAAUCCUUACCUUGCGCAAGAGUUAUUUGAACAGUGGCUUUCGCUUCCUGAAACCAAUCGCCUCGUGAAAUCACUAGUCAAUGAUGCGAAAGUUGGGAAUCCUUUAAAUGUCCCUGGCAAUGCUUCUAGUACAAAUGCUGCUGCUAGCAAUUCAAUACCAUCCAUGUUUCCUGCUGGGAGCGCGCCUCCACUUUCACCGAGAAGCUCAUCUGGUUCACCUCGUAUUAUGAAACAGAAACCAGGUCCUUCUUCCCUAGGAAGUCCUCUUAAAGUAUUGAGUGAGCCAGUGAAAGAGCUGAUACCGCAGUUCUAUUUCCACAAUGGCCGUCCAGCACCAAAGGAACUAAAGGAGCGUUGUUUGUUUAGAAUAAAUCAAUUUUUUUACGGCCAUACAGAGGGCCUGCCAAUGAAUGCAGAGUUUAAAGCUGUUACAAAAGAAAUAUGUAAGUUGCCAUCUUUUUUCUCCACUGUCCUGUUCCAGAAGAUUGAUGUCAACAGCACAGGAUUUAUCACCAGGGACGCAUUUGUUGAUUAUUGGGUUAAUGGAAAUAUGUUGACCAUGGACAUGGCGACGCAAAUUUAUACUAUCAUGAAGCAACCGGAUCGUAAAGUUUUGACACAGGAUGACUUCAAGCCUGUUCUUCGAGAACUUUUGGCAACUCAUCCAGGAUUAGAAUUCUUGCAGAGUACGCCGGAGUUUCAAGAGAGAUACGCGGAAACUGUAAUAUACAGAAUUUUUUACUACAUUAACAGAGCGGGAAAUGGUCAACUAACCCUUAAGGAGCUGAAGCGGGGAAAUUUAGUUGCUGCUAUGCAACAAGCUGAUGAAGAAGAGGAUAUCAACAAAGUUCUGAGAUAUUUCUCCUAUGAGCACUUCUAUGUGAUUUACUGCAAGUUCUGGGAGUUGGACACAGACCACGAUUUCUUGAUUGAUAAAGAGAACCUUAUUAGAUAUGGAAACCAUGCUCUUACCUACAGGAUUGUUGAUAGGAUAUUUUCCCAGGUUCCAAGAAAAUUUACUAGUACCGUUGAAGGCAAGAUGGGAUACGAAGAUUUUGUCUACUUCAUACUGGCAGAGGAAGAUAAAUCAUCAGAACCCAGUCUUGAAUAUUGGUUCAAGUGCGUAGACUUGGAUGGAAAUGGAAUCAUUACUAGAAAUGAAAUGCAAUUCUUUUAUGAGGAGCAGUUGCAUCGAAUGGAGUGCAUGGCUCAAGAACCCGUGCUUUUUGAAGAUAUAUUAUGUCAGAUAAUUGAUAUGAUUGGACCGGAGAACGAGAGUUAUUUCACCAUUCGUGAUCUGAAAGGAAGUAAACUUUCAGGAAGUGUAUUUAAUAUCCUCUUUAAUCUAAAUAAGUUUAUGGCCUUUGAAACUCGUGACCCGUUCCUUAUUCGUCAGGAGAGGGAGAAUCCAACCUUGACAGAGUGGGAUCGCUUUGCACAUAGAGAGUAUAUUAGACUUUCAAUGGAAGAAGAUGUUGAAGAUGCUUCUAAUGGAAGUGCAGAAGUUUGGGAUGAAUCUCUUGAGGCUCCCUUUUGAGUUAGACACGGCAUGCUGGCCUUCCUUAUGAUAUCGCUGUAUUAUGUUUAACUAGUAUCAUUAAAGCGUAUUUCAUGCUUUGAUCUGUCGCAGUUGCUUCACCGCAAGAUGCAAGUUCUUUCAUAGAGCAGGCCAUCGGAUAAAAUUCUGGUCAAUUCAGUGGAGUUGGCCUAGCUGAUGACACACAUCUUCAUCAGACACAGAUGCCUAAGCUGGGCUGGUUGAUGUAUACCUUAAAUAUAAACGUCCUGAAGAUUUUAUCAGAUAACAAGCAGUGCUUAUUUUGUCGGCUCCACAUCGGAUUCCGUAGGCCUCUUUGGAGAAGGGGAACGGUUAUCUGCUGACAGGUGAUUUAGUAGAAAGCAGGAAAUGGUAGUUUUAGAACAUUUGGCAAUUCUUUUGGGUCUCUGUAAGAUGUCGUUUGGUCUUUUCUUUUUCCUUCUUUUUCUUUUUUAUUUUCCAUCUAUUCUUUCAAUUUAAAUAUUUUCCUUCUGUACUUGCGUCUUUUUAAGGAGCUUAUUUAAAUGUAUUAAAGAAGUCGCAUGUUAUGGAAAUAUGGUUGGGUUUUUUUGAUGGUUUA